CGGGAAUGGAGUCUAUAUAGAGUCUUCAGUUCAUCGGCUUCUCCUGUAAUCCAUUAUUGUUGCAGUUUGGUUGAGGCGCUCUCGCCGACUUCGAGUCUCUGAAUUUCCGGCGAUCAAUCUGUUCAAUUUCAAAUAAGUCAGGUUGAUCGGGGAAUUCAGGCUACCUCAUGCUAUUAAGGGAAGAGCACGAGGCUCAGGUGAGAAACGCGCGGUCGCUGCUGGCUUUCUCGAGGAGCCGCCCGAUAAAGCUAGGUUCAUGGAGGUUGGAUAGGAGGAGCAUCGGUGGCGUUCGGAAUGGAGAGGGGGAUGGCGAUUGUCGGGUCUGUGCUCGGGCCGGGGACUUUUUGCUGAGGUUUGCUGGAGGGGAGGGCGGUGAGUUCGUGGGACAGAUCGGAGGUUUUAGCCACGAGAGUGAGCACGACCUGGCGGUGAUGGUUAGCGAUUUCUUAGAGGAUGGAAGUGGCAGCCUUGAGUCGCGGUAUAGUAGUGACAGUGACUCUGGGUUUCCCGAUCCUAAACAUCUCGCAGAGAACGUUCGGAUCCUGAAAAAUUCUGUUGAACAGAGUGUGAGUGCACUGUCAUCAUCUGUUCAGUCUCUUUUGCUUUCAAUAAAUGAUUCCGACCUGCUUUCCUGCAUUGGUAGCCAAUGCAAUGGUGGCUGUAUUAGGCAAUCGCUUGCAAAGCUUCUACGUCUUUCUGGGUUUGAUGCUGCCGUUUGUCAAUCCAAAUGGCAAGGUUUUGGCAAAGUCCCAGGAGGUGAUCACGAGUACAUCGAUGUAAUUCUUAGCGGUAAAUCUGGGAUUUCUGAACGAAUGGUUGUAGAUAUUGAUUUUCGCAGCCACUUUGAAAUAGCAAGAGCAGUUGAAUCUUACGAUGCAAUCCUUGCUUCUCUUCCUGUCAUCUACGUCGGUUCCAUCUCCAAGCUUAAGAAAUUCUUACAAAUUAUGGUUGACGCUGCAAAAUUUUCUCUUAAUGAGAACUCCAUGCCAUUGCCGCCGUGGAGGUCGCUUCCAUAUUUACAGGCGAAGUGGCAAUCCCAAUAUGAAAGAAAAUCCUGCUCAGAUGGAGAACGCAGCCUUGUCUUUGAUUCCUCCGAUCACAGGCAGUGCAUUGGUCAUCUGAGGAGGCUUAAAUCUUCCCUUCAGUCGGAAAUUGCUGCCGAGAGGCUUCUGAAGCCUAUCACUAAUGAUAAAACGAGAAUGGUGCAGUUUUGAGUUCGGUAAGCCAUUUUCAUGCUCUUAUUGGAAUAAAUAAGAAAAGAGGAUCAAUAACCUGCCAUUUUUUCACGGCAGCUGUGCGGUUCAUAUAGUAUGAAGUUUUUUUCUAAAUUUUUGAAUGGUAUAGAGAAUGUUUUUUUUUUUUGUUUUUCCUACUUCUUACCUUGUUACGUUUUCAUAAGAUGAUGGGAAUUGGGAACUAAGAAUAAAUCCCUUUUAAAAGGAUGAAAAAAGUUUCCAAAAAUUUGUUUAAUAUGGUGUUAUUUAGUAGUUAUUAAUAAGUGGAUUCUAUUGCCCACUCUUUUCUUUU